AUGGCGUCAGCAGAAAGAGAUAUUGACUCCGUCGCAGGAAGUAACGUCCAUUAUGAGUCCAACAAGAAACGAUCGAACUCUGAGGCGGCCGAUUACCCGCGGAGACGGGCCACAAUCGCUUGCCAGAUAUGCCGAUUGCGCAAGACACGCUGCAACGGUGCCCGUCCCAAAUGUCAGCUUUGCACAGAUUUAGAUGCUGAAUGCACGUACCGAGAGCCAGGUAUCAAGCUCGAUAUGGGCGAUAAGUUGAUUCUGGAGCAUCUUAUUCGGAUCGAAGGUCUGCUGCAUGCAAGCUCGUCUACAUCCGGACCUCAACCAGCCUUGUCAUCGAGCUCUCCAACAACAAGUCAUGAUACCAAUAUUAGCAGUGAUGAUCUAGUGGCGAAGAUAGCCAACGGAGCUCCAACUUGGAAAACGUCGGUGGGGUUUGCAUCUUGGGCCAACCCACCUUCGAGUAUCAGCAUCUCUACAAUGCCCAGGGUGCAUAUCACCCCAGGCCUGCACCUUCUGCAAUGGCCUCUGAUGCGCGAUUUGGUCUCGAAGCCCUACAAUCCGCAAAAUCUGCUUCAGCUAGAGAUGGCUCGCGAACCAUUACGAAUGACACCGAAUUCUGGAUUAGAUUUAGGGAAUGUACCUACCUAUGUGCAGGCUUUCUUCGGUCAUGCCAACGUCUGGUAUGCCUGUGUAAACCCAUACUCGUGGAAUCGUGACUAUAAAACCGCUCUGGCCCAAAGAUUCCAAGAGGGUCCGGUCUCUUGUGUCGUACUGCUCGUCCUAGCUCUAGGAUGUGCCAGCCGAGAGGGCAGCAUGACAUCGGUGCCCCUAAACUGUGAACCGCCAGGGCUUCCAUAUUUUGCCACUGCUUGGAAUCUCUUACCAUCUGUCAUGAUGCGCAAUUCUGUCAUGGCUGUCCAAUGCAUGGUUCUUGCCUCGGCAUAUUUGUUCUACUUGGUGCGUCCGCUGGAAGCUUGGAACUUGCUAUCAAAUGGAAGCAUGAAAUUACAAUUGCUAUUGGGCGAUUCGAAUCGCGUGCCUGCACAAUGGAAAGAGACCAGUAAACGGCUCUUUUGGAACUUACUUUUGUACGAGAGUGAUCUGCUGGCGGAACUCGAUCUCCCGCACUCAGGUCUUGUCCACUUUGAGGAAUUUGUCGACCUUCCAGGGGGCUUUGAGGAAGAGGAGAACGAUGAUGACGGGGUUCUGAAUGAUGAUCAUGAUUCCGACGGAUAUCACACUGGCAAGCCUACCGAAGAACCGCCAGGUCGAGAUGAGCUUUGGUACUUCUUGGCCGAGAUUGCACUGCGGAGACUUCUUAACAGAGUCAGUCACCUCAUCUAUCAGAAAGACCAUUCACACACACUUGCAGCACUGGGGCCUAUAGUAUCGGAGUUGGACUUCCAGCUAUCACAGUGGCAUGACAGUCUGCCUUGUCCGGUAAAAUUUCCUCUCACGCAAAUACCACUCACCAAUCCUAUGCAGACCGUUCUCCGGCUUCGCUAUAAUGCAUGUCGCACAAUUAUCUACCGCCCGUAUAUUCUAGCCGUAUUUAAGAAUGAGCAAGCUGGUAUGGACUCACAUGUGCGAGAGUGCAGUCGAAGAUGUCUGGAGGCCACAUUGCGCCAACUCGAGCACAUCACCAGCCAUCGUGAGGGCCACCUUCCGUAUCUGUGGCAAGGCGCCUUGUCGAUGGUAUCACAAACCCUGUUGAUUAUGGGUGCUACCAUGUCGCCCACUCUAUCGAUUUUACUCCCAGCCUCGCCUCAUGUCGAUGCCAUCAUCUCUAGUGUGAUCGCCGAGGUCAAUGGAUACGCACACUUGGCACCAAGUCUGAAAUUGUCUGCAGAGAUCAUUCGUGAUGCUGAGAGGCGGCGACAAAUCUGGCUUCGAUCACCCGGAAUUGGUAUAUGA